AUGGACUCUGUUCAGAGUUUCAAUCUUAACGGAGAGCAAAUUACGACCCAUGUCACCAAGAAGAAGAGUACAAUCCGUGAUGUUCUGGAAUCUUUUUUGUUUUCCUCAGAGUCCGAGCAAGCGAAAGUUAUUGGGAUCGAUAUUGAGUGUCAUCUGUCAAAGGAUGUAGAUAAAACCAAAUGUGUCACAUUGCAUCUUUGUGAUGGACAGUCAUGUCUUAUUAUCCAGCUUCUACAUAUGAAUUCCAUUCCCGUAUGUCUGUUUAAUUUUCUUCGUCUUCCAAGUUAUACUUUUGUGGGUGUUGGCAUUAAAGAUGAUUUGCAUAAAUUGGAGGUUGAGUAUGGGAUCAGAUGCAAAAAUGCAGUGGAACUAGGGCCUUUGGCUGCUACUGUCAUGAAGAUGCCUCGUUUGAGUGGUUGUGGCAUCGAUGAACUAACCCGUGUGGUUAAUAAUCUUGAUCUUCGAAAACAUAGACCUUUAUCUGCUGUCUUUGAGGAUUGGGGUAAAUAUGAACUAGGCAAAAAGCUUGCUAAACUAGCUACUGUUAAUGUUUACUCUUAUUAUAAAGUCGGGAGCAAAUUGCUUGAACCUUGA